CUGAUCGAGCAACCGCCGUGUACGGAUAGAACGGGUCAAAAUAAUCAUAAAAAAUAUUAUAUUAUAGAAUUGUAUAUUAUAGAACUAUAUAUUAUAGAACUUAUCAAAAAUCUUGAAUAUUUAACUUAGAGGAGUUUAAAAAUUGAAAUGAGAUAUAUAUAUAAAAAAUCAACUAAUAUCUCAGUUUCCGAAUAGUCAAUUUUUUCUCCGAUGUAGAUAUCCAAAUAGUAUUUCCAUUAAUAUGCAUUUACAAUUUAAAAAAAUCCAUAAAAAAAUAAUUCACCAUAGCUACCUUAAAUCUUCAUCUGUGAUUUUGAAACACUUCUUAUAUUAUGAUUUGUGGUCAGGAAGUGAUAAAAUAACCACAUCCUGAAUUAUUAAAAUAAUCUCGGGUAGAGAGAGACGAAGUAAUUCAGAAGUAUAUUAAAUACUUCGCAUUGUGUAUAAGAGCUGCAUAACAAUUAUUACAUUCAAAUGUAACAUUGCUAAAACAAUGUAAUAGUAUAAACUAGAAGAUGUGCAAGUAAAAGAAAUAUAUAUAUAUAAAAAAGUAUGUGUACAACAAUACAAUAAAGUGCGAUAAAGAUACAAAAUAAAUACGGUCUGUAAAACAUACUGAUACAUAAAAAUAUAAUAAAGAAACAAGAAGCAAGAUCUACUGAAAGUAUCAUGACAACUAAGUUUGCGAUCAAGCACAAAGACUCUUCUGUUUUAAACGAAAACAAGUUACUGCAAGAAAAGAAGUGCCAGAGCUAUAAGCAAUCCGACCUGAAGAAAUGCGGACAAUUGUCUUUUGGUUGGUCAAUCUUAAGUGUCUUCGUGGUUUAUUGGUUUAUUCUGUGUCCCUUAAUUUUGGCAAUAUGCGAUACGUCGAAGACGCAUUGGCUCUCAUAUUGGCCUUUUCUUUUCUGGAUAGUUGCGUUUCUAAUAUGGGUCAUGAUCAUGUGUGCACUUGUAAUCUCUUGGAGAUAUUUACAGACUCGACAAGAUCCCGAAAUCAGUCUUAUGACUUCAAAAUAUGGUUCGGAUGAUAUGGCAAAACUUUUAAAUGCUCAUCAGAUAUCUUCAAGAAAUGCAAAUUUUCCCGAAACAAAAAAAACAAAUAAUCUGUCAGAUCAAGAAGCAAAGAAUGAUUCUGAUAAUUUUCGUAGAAAAGAUUUAUCACCUCUGGUGAUACAUAAACAAAUGUUCGGUGAAAACAUCGAUGAUAUUGGUGUUGUGCACGUUGAAAAGGAUGAGAAUGAGCUGAAUGAUGCCAAUGAUUACAUCGAGAAAAGUUCCUUGCAAGACUGUUCGAAGAUAGUAACCGUAUUGUCUUCAAAGGAUGAAGUAAAGUCGCCGAAAUCUCCGAUGACGCCAAGAGAAUUGUUUUUCAUCGAUCUGAUUCGUGAAGCGGAAAAAGCUGAGAACACAAAAUGUGAUACAGAAAAAGAAGAGGAAAUAAAGAAGAACACAAAUAUAACGAACGGAAAGGAUAUAGAAAAUAUUGAAGAUGAGAAGAAUGAGAAGAUAAGUAGAAAUAUGAAGUGCGAAUCGAAUUACUUUAUAGCAGAUGUGGAGAGUCCAGUUAACGAAAAAACGGAGGUUUUUCUUCAAAUCGAUUCGAGCGUAGAGGAGCAAUUGGAAAUAAACGUGGAAAAACCAAUUUUAAUAUUACAAUCCAACAAAGAAAAUGUAUAAAAAUUAUCCAUUUUACGAGCUAAUUUGAUUAUUAAUAUAAUUAUAAUAAUUAAAAAAACAAAAAGUUUGACAAAAAAGAAAAAUCUUUGAUAAGAAAAAAUGUUUUGAAGAAAUGCUAUUAUAAGAAUAAAGAAGAUAAUGUUAUUAAUAAAUAAAUUUAUUGAAUCUUCUAUAUAUUUAUUUUCUAUUAUCCUUCUCCUCUUUAUUCACUCCUCUGCAAAUACUAUGGCUAUUAUCUUAUAUGUAUAGAUAUAUUUUUUGUUCAAUUUAGAGUCUAUAUAAUAUUUAAAUGAUGUAACAUCGGAAAUUUGAAGAUACUAAGAUUGUAAGUAAAAUUCUAUUAAGAUAAUCCCU